AUGAUUGAAGAGCCCCCGGUACUAAAGCCGAAAAAGCGGAACUCGGCCGAUGCUGAGAGCGUUGCUGACACACCUGCUCCACGGAGUAAGAGGGGCAAAUACACGUCUGUUGCUUGCGAUGAUUGUAAGAAGAAGAAACUCAAGUGUAUUCCCUCGGAGGAUAACGCGUGUGAGAGGUGUAUCGCUGGUGGGUUGACGUGUACGUUCGCGACGAGUACGCAAGCUAGCAAAGAGAAACCCGAUGACAAUCAAACUAUCCAAGCCCUGAAUAAUCAAUUAUCAGAACUCCGUCAACAAAUGUCAGACCUCGUCGGUGUCGUCCGCGAGCUCAAAGACCAGAACCAGAACCACCACCAAACACAUCCUCAAGAUGCAUCAACCGUAUCAUCACACAACAUAGUAACCCAUUCGCCCGCAAGCACGCACCGCGGCGAAAUGCCCAAACAACCGCAAUUCGUCGGUCCAACGCGCUCCGCCUUCGGCAUCCUUGUCAGCGAACGCUCCCUCAACAGAAUGGGCGUUCCCAAAUUCGACUCUAUGCCUCCCAGCGGCGCACAAUCUCCCGUUGAACCAGCUCUCGACUCUAUUAACGACCUCAGUUUCUGGCACUGCUGUACGGCGAGUGAUAUCACCAAGUAUCUUGUCAAUUUCCAGGAGGAGGUUGAGUCGGUGUAUCCGUUUAUCGACAUCGCGGAGUAUAUCGCGCAGAGCAAGGAGAUAUUGCAGGCGAUUCGUGGCGGGUUUGAGGAUGAGGGGAGGGUUAGUGGGAAGGAUAUUGAUAUUGCAAAGGUGGCCAUCUCGACGGGCAUUUUGCUUGAGGAGCCGAGUAAGCUUGAGUUGGCGACGGCGAUUGUGGACUCGGUGCAGACGAAUGUGUCGAGUAUUCUGAGUCCGCAGAGUAUAUACUACUUCCACGCUGGUGAGGAGCUAUUGGCUUGGCGGUCUAUCGGCAUAGCAGCGCGUCAAGCUCUGGAGAUGGGGCUCCAUCGGAAACGGAGUCUUCUGGAUAAUUUUAAAGACACUGAUUCUCGACGAUUAGCUACGCGUGUGUUUUGGUGCGUGUACGUACUUGAUCGGCGAUGGAGUUUUGGAACGAGUUUAUCGUUUGCGCUGGUCGAUAAGGACGUUGAUCCAGAAUUACCGAAACCCGAUGAGGAAUAUUUGUAUCUUCAGUGCAUGGUUGGAUAUGGUCAACUAUGCUCUAAAAUCUGGGAAGCCAUUCCACCUUUUGGCUCAGCUUCUCAAACCAUUCCCGACGACACAGCUGCUAUUCUCGAUUUGAAAACUCAAGAUUGGUUAGACUCUAUUCCGUCGCAUCUCCGACUUCGGCAUCCUCGUCUUGGUCUUGCACCGCGAGCUCAACCUCGGCUGCCUCAUCGUCUGCGGGCGUUGUUAUACCUUCGUGGCAAUUACGCUCGUAUCUUGAUUUAUCGACAUCAUCUGAUGAGCACGGCUAGUAUAGCUGCUAACCCGCAGAAUGCGUGGUUGGUGGUUGAUAUAGCGCAGGACACUAUCCAGGUUCUGGUGCAUCUGCAUGCUACGACGGAUAUUUACAAGCGGCAGCAGAACGUCUUCAACUACUUUCUACUCAGUGCAUUGGCAGUCAUCUUCCUAGCUGUGUGUCACGCCCCAGAGAUUUUCUCCGUACCGUGCAAACGCACAUUCUCCGACGGCGUUGAGCUAGUGCGAGGGUUAUCCCGACAUAACAUCGUCAGUAAAAGACUUUGGAAGAGUAUUCGCGGUAUGAUUCCCCGAAUGAACACUUUCGGUUUUCCUCAAAACGGUGAAGAUGGUGAGCCUCGAAAGGAUGAUGAAAAUGGUCAAAACGAGCAGACAGUUCCACAGGUUGAAGUCAACGCUGAAGAGCAUGUCCCCAUGGCAAUGCCCGACAACGAGGCCUUUUCCUUUGGCGACAUGAUAUUUGGCGACGCAGAUGUCGCAAACUCGGUUCCCGAUAUGUUUCAAAUGAGCGAAUCGCUCCUCAACCUCUUCAACGCAUUCGGCGAAGGGCAACAAUUCCUACAGCCCGUACCAAGCACGUUUAGCGAAGAAGGAGAGUAUGCCAUGGCCGCAGAGCAAGGAAAGGAUAUAUCCAUGAGAUUCCAAGGCUUAAUAUGA